AUGUCCGAGGACAGCGAAUUAUCAAAGAAAGAAAAAAUACAAAUGAUCUGUGGAUUGCUACGUCAGGCCCCUCCAAAUGAAUUCCACCACGUCUUUGAAGAUCUCCGCUUUCUGGUUAUGGAUGACCAGCUGAUGAGGACAGAAGCCGCGCAAGAGUGUGCCUUUCACAACAAAAAGAACUUCAAAGCAGUGAACUUACUAGGUGGAAAUUCUCUAGUGACUCACUACAACGAUCUCAGAGGGAACCGCUUCUUUGAUCCACAAAGGACAUUUUCGUUCAGAUAUGAUCACCUGAGCGGAAGAACAGAUAAGUUUUUGCUUCAAGGCACCAUGGGAGAUGACGCAGAAUUAUGGAGAUCAACCCUGAACGGUGCUUUAAAGACCUACAUGAAGAUGCAUUUCCCUGUAGGAACUUGCUGUGUUUUCAGAAAAGCCCUUAAGAGCAGUUCUUAUUUUGUGGUCUGCAUUGAAGGUCACCAGUACCAGCCUUCAGAAUCCUUUAAUGGCCUCUGGACAUCAGAAUGGACAUUUGCCUGCACCCCACCUUCUACAGAGGUCACUGGGAACUAUCACCUGCAGAUACACUAUUUCAGAAAAGCUAACUGGCAAGCGACGGUAGACAAAACCGUGGAGAAAUCCGUGCCCUUAAUUAACCGUGUCCAGUUCGCCACGGCGCUGGCAAAAUUCAUCGAAGCCGAAGACAAUGAAUUCCAGAUUGCCUUGGAGAAAAACCUCCAGGAAUUGUCCGUUGAUCUGUGGAAAACACUGCGGAGGAGGAUUCCUGUCACUCGGACUGUCAUCCGCUGGGAUAAACUGCUGAGCGAAGAGAACACCAAGGUGAAAACAUUCGGAAGCUCCGUAUCAUUAGGCAUGCUGAAGGGUCUCCCGUGA